AUGUGCGAGGUUUUUGAGGUCCCUGUUAAAGGGGAAUUGAUUCUUACUGCUGGCACCAUCCAUACUCCCCAAAUUCUUCUGCAAUCAGGAGUCGGCGACCCCGCUGAGCUAAAGAAACUCCGGUUGGAGCCGGUACUCAAUAUUCCAGGGGUCGGUAAAAAUCUGCAGGUGCGGCACUGA